UUUCAUUUGCUUUGCGUAUUGCAUUAUUUCAUGUACGUACGCUAAUUUCCUCGCUGGAGUAUUAAAAACCGUACAUUUUCGUCCUUCUCAAACGCGUGUACCUUUCCAAAAGGUGUCCAAAGAACAGUCAAUAGUAUUCUUACGGGAAAACGCAAUUGCAGAAUACAGAAAGAGGGUUAUACAAGCGGUUAAAAAAUGAAUUCUGAAAACGAAGCGUCUGCUGGUGGUCGCUCGGGAGUAAAUUGCUUCAAAGUUCCGUUUUUUAUCAUAAAUGUUAUAACGUGGGUAAGUGUGUAUGUGCGUUCCGUGUUGAAACCGUUGUCUUAUAAAGACAACGUACAUGACCUUGUGUAUACAAAUUUAAAAAGCUCAUGCCUCGAGUUAUUAAAAUUUACAGACCUGAUGAAUCCGGCUCAAAUUUAUAAGAUUUUCCCUUUCCGUUUGGGAGUUCAUACACGACUCGUGCGCAUGAAACGGGAAGGUUUUUGAGCACGGCUUUAAGAGUACGCGAAUGUGAACAAGUGGGAAAAUUGUGCGUAUAAUUUGACCGGACUUUAACAAGACUGUAUAUGUAUUGAUAAGUAUAGUUUGUACACAAGAUGUGAAGUAGAAUAUGUUCAGAUAGUCACAGCAGUUUAUUGAAUAUUGUGGACGUUUGAGAUAUCUUAUUCAGGUAGUUCAGACACAAGCCACGGCAGCUUAUUGAAGAAUACUACCUACACUGGACAAACCACGUCUGAGAUAUCUUUCUCAGGUAUAGUUUAGAACUUUAGACACAAACUAGCCGGCUGCCGAAAAUGCUAGCGCAAAUGGUUGCGAUUUGCCUGUUGUUAGCCAAUGUUUAUAACAGCUGCGUGCAAUGCCAAUAUUUUAUUUGAUUUAAACAGCUGCAACAACUUCAUUAGAGUGUCCCUAUAUGUCGUGUGUCGUGUGUCGUGGGUUAAAAGUCGUGUGUCGUGGGUAAAGUCGUGGGUAAAGUCGUGGGUAAAGUCGUGGGUCAUAAAAUGUGCUAAAAACGCAUUUUUUCAUAUUUUUAUUUUUAAUAUUUUAUCGUACUUUUGCCUUUUAUGCGCUAGAUAAAUACAGGAAAAUUUAACGCAACAAAUCUCCACUAAUAAAACAAUUUCUUAUCUUGCUGUUAUCUAUAGUAGGCCUAUAACAAGUAAAUGUUUCCGUUUCGUAUAGUCUUAUAAUAAGUCUAUAAAUGUAUUGUUUGUCCUAAGUUAUAGGACAUUAGGAUAUAGGUUUAUUAGCUUUGGAAGUGUUAUAGUCCCUAUCAUGAACGUCGCGAAUUGACUAUGUCGAUUGCAUAUGUCUGAUGCAAACAUAUUGAGCUAUAAAUUCUACGUGGCCAACGCUCGAGCCUCACUGAAUUUUGCUAUUUUAUCUCCCAGACCUAGUAUAUGUUCGUGGCCCUUAAAAGUAGACAAACAUUUCAUGUGUAUGUGGCGUUCGGAAAUAUUCCAUAAAUUGCUACGAUUUGGGAUUUCGCGAUUGAAAACCGAAAUGAUUUGUGCGAUGUCGCCAUGUCGGGCUAUUUGCCAACUGAGCGCGCUAGCCGUUGUUAUUUCGACAGAAUAUGAUACCUCUACACUUUUCAGCCGUAAUACAGUAAUGCGCGGAUCAGUGUAAUCAUGCAUAUAUAUAUAUCGUUUAAUUUAGCUUCAAAAACUUAUUUUGUUAAAUGUAAAAUGCGCAGCAUGUUGCGUACAUUAAUAUCAAAGAAAAAAGGUUGACUUCAUUAGGACUGAAAUAAGCAAGAUUUCCCGUUACAUACAUGAUUUAUACCGAGGCGGCUUUGCAUGUGCUCUGCCUCUGGCAACCGUAUGAUACCAUUGCGCUCCGCGGGAACCAACACGAUAUAUGUUUUUAUCAAUAUGUUUUUAUCAAGUUUUUGAAGCUAAAUUAAACGAUAUGUAUAUGAUUAUAAUGCGCGCUGAAAAUUACGGCUGAAAAGUGUAGAGGUAUCAUAUUCUGUCGAAAUAACAGCGGCUAGCGCGCUCGGUUGGCAAUUAGCCCGACAUCGCACAAAUCAUUUCGGUUUUCAAUCGGGAAAUCCCAAAUCGUAGAAAUUUAUGGAAUAUUUCCGAACGCCACAUACACAUGAAAUAUUUGUCUACCUUUAAGGGCCACGAACAUAUACUAGGUCUAGGAGAUAAAAUAGCAAAAUUUGAGGCUCAAGCGUUGGCCACUAAUUAUACAGGCACUGCAGCGUAAAAUUUAUACGGUUCAAUAUGUUUGUAUCAGACAUAUGCAAUCGACAUAGUUAUUCGCGACGUUCAUGAUAGGGACUAUAACACUUCCAAAGCUAGCUGAUAAACCUAUAUCCUAUAUAACUUAAGACAUUUUAUUAUCAAACAAUACAUUUAUACUCUAUAGGCUUAUUAGAUUAUACGAAACGGAAAUAAAAUCAAACAUUUACUUGUUAUACUAUAGAUAACAGCAAGAUAAGAAAUUAUUUUAUUACUGGAGAUUUGUUGCGUUAAAUUUUCCUGUAUUUAUCUAAUGCAUAAAUGGAAAAAGUACGAAAAAAAUGUUAAAAAUAAAAAUAAUAUCUUCGUGAAAAAAUGCGUUUUUAGCACAUUUUAUGACCCACGACUUUACCCACGACUUUACCCACGACUUUACCCACGACACACGACUUUUAACCCACGACACACGACACACGACAUAUAGGGACACUCACUUCAUUAACAGAAUUUUGACGCAUUUCUAUUUGGCGAAAACCUCAUUGCACUUUUAGAACAUUUGUCUUUCAUCUCUGCGGUCAGGCUUCCAUAUCUUUAUUGUACAAUUUCAGUACAGUGUUUCUGGUUUACCAUAAUCCUUUCCAGCCGACAAUUUGAAAAAGAAAUACAAUAAAACAUAUCUCGAAAAUAUUGGACCUCUAGGAGGAACAGUUUAGAACUAUAAAUAAAGUUAUCAAUAAGAAAUGAUCCUUAUAUUGGGCCUCCAGGGAGAACAUUUUAAAACUGAUAGUCGAGCUGUCCAGAAAAAUAAAGUUAGUUAAGUUUCCUCCUGUAGUAACACUGUAUCAUUAAGAGAUGAUCCUACUGGACCUCUAGGGAGAACAGUUUAGAACUGAUAGAGCUAUCCAGAAUAAAUGAAGUUAGUUUAGUUUAGUUUACGUUGCCUUCUGUAGUAACACUGGGUCAUUAAGAGAUGAUUCUUACUGGACGUCUAGGGAGAACAGUUUAGAACUGAUAGAGCUAUCCAGUAUAAAUAAAGUUAGUUUAGUUUAGGUUUCCUUCUGUAGUAAUGCUGAACCAAUAUUAGCUAUAGGGGAUGCCCUUGUGAAAAUUUCACAUGUGAAUUGGAAUUUCGUAUGUGAAAAUUUCAUGUGAAAUCAAAUCCUCUUUUUGGAGAAAUAGAUUAGAACUAAUGGAGUUAUCUGUUUAUAUCACUACCACAAAUGUGACUUUGAGUUAGUUUACUCAACCGCACUAACUUUCUGACGAAUAAGGUCAAAUAUAUUCAAUCUGGCUGAAAUCACUUACUCGAGUAAGCGUUGAGUAGUUAAAUAAACUCAAUCAUUUACUUGUUUCAUAGAAACUAUAGAUAAAAAGACAGUACGUUUAGUAUUUAUACGACAGAGUUUAUAGCUAAAGGUAUCUCGUUUCCGUAGUAACUAUAAGUCAUAUAAACACAUCGAGUGGCUGUGUGGUAUUUAAACGACACAGGCACACGCGUCAUCACUUGGCCGACGUGCGCGGCAAAGCUCGCUGGAAUGCGGAACAUUUUCCUUUUUCUGUCAAUCUUCUCUGUCUGUCCCUUUGAAGAAACAUUAUGACAACAUUAUGACACUACGAACUUCGCGACGAAGAAUUUCGCUUGAAAUGUAGUUACUUGUAUUUUUUAGGGGCCAGUUAUUCAAAGCUGGGUUAGCUUAACCCAUGCAAGGUUAACCUAAAAUCAGGCUUUCUGGCAUCCUUGGGUAGAAAAGUAGGAUAAAAGUAGGACUAGAAUUUUAAGAAAAGUAGGAAUAAAGUAGGUGUAGAAAAGUAGGAGUUUUUGAGAUGCAAAUAACACAAAAAUAUACAAAAUUGGCCACCUAGGAUAUAUGGGGUAAGGGGUGGACAAAAGUUUAGAUAUCCGAUGGGGAAGUUGUGUGAAUUUUUGGUGCUCACUAUAUUUUUUGUACUCAUUCAUCUAUGAAUGGAAUCUCUAGAUCUUCAUUAAUUUAUUGAUUAUGAUUCUAGAGAUGCUAUGGAAUUUUAUACUCGGAAAAUGUACUUCUUCUCUUCCUGAGAUGUUAUCAUCUGGGACACAAAUAAGGAAUAAAAAUUACGAGUCCUAUAGAUCUAAUUACGAGAGCUGUAACAUACCGAUUCCCCAAGCGGUCUUAAAAAAGUAGGAUUUUAUGAGAAAAAGUAGGAAAAUCAAGCAAUUUUUAAUAAAAAAUAGGAAAAGUAGGAAAGUUGAAGAAAAGUAGGAAAAAUAGGAUGGCAAGAAAGCCUGGCUAAAAUUCAAAGCAAACUUCUCAACAGUAAAUUUGGAAAUAUUUCUUUAGAAAUCUCGUCUGAAUCGGUAGGAGUUUUCUUCUCUGAAGUUUUGAGAUAGACAGACGUACUAGACGUGCAGAAAUACAUAAACUAAAUCAACAGAUUAAAUUUUAAACGAGUGCGAGCGCCAAUCUAGCUUUGAAGCUUUACUUUAGUCCAAGCAAGUCCUUAUGCAUGUUUACGUCUUUUGUCUCAGAUUGGUGGUGGAGCCCUGAUUGGUUUUGCAAUAUGGAUUGUAUCGUCGGAAAACGACUAUAAACAUUUCAUUGAAAACCAGGUAAUAUUUAUGACAACACUAAAUUUUAUGUUUUAUAAAGAAAUGUUUGAUAGGCUUCCACCAAAUUCACAGUAUAUAGAAUAAAAUAAAGAAAACCGUUUAUUACAGUGAGAUAUUUUCCAUAUCUUCACUAGCGUGAAAUUUCACAAUUGGGACUAUAUAAUAAACAGAGCAUUACACGGUGGCUUGAAGAUAGGACUUUUAUCUUCUCGUGUUAAAAACAAUAUUUUACUCACUCGCUGCGCUCGUUCGUAAAAUAUUGUUUUCACCACUCGAAGAUAAAAGUCAUAGCUUCGCGCCCCGUGUAAUAUCCUCUGUAUAUUUAAAUGCUUUGAACAUGCAUGAGCUUCUCUUGUUUGAUGUCAUCACUUUGUUUGAUGAAAUUUUUUUUUCUGUUAGAAUAUUUUCAUUACGUAUAUCGCAUUGGCUGCGGUACUAUUCACAGCGGGUGAGUUUCAGUAACUCAACACUAUGGCGUGAAAUAUCAAUUUGAUGAGGAUUGCAAGCUCUUUCACAAAACAAUGAUAUAGAUUGAAUAACCAAGUAUCUGACAAUUCUGCUCAUAUUUUUCUUUAGGGAUUCUCGGAACAUGUGGUGCCCUGUUGGGGAAUAAAAUUUUGCUGCAGAGUGUAAGAAUGAUUAUGCUGUCAUAUAUGGGGAGACAUUUUACUACAUUUAGUCUGUUAGUUAGUAUUCACACAAUUUUUGCGUUUAUGAAAUUUUUAAAUUGACAAAUUUUAGUAUUUCUUCAUCGUAUGUUUGGUGUUCUGUACCUUGUUUGGACUGGUGGUCUUUGGUAUGGUCGAGAGAGCCAGGGUAAGAUCUUACCAUUUAUGUCAACUCAACUCAUUUCAUACUUUAUUGAGGGAAGGUAAAACAUCUUUACAAUCUUUGAGUUGCACCUUGGGAUUAUUGACAUACAAAAUAGUCAUAAAAUUCUACAAUUUUCCCGUUAUAUUAGAUGGAUAAGAUAAUACGUAAAAGCUGGAACAAUACGAAUGACGACACAAGAAUUUUUAUUCAGAAAAAGGUAAUUCAUGUAAUUUAUGAUUUUCGAAUUCUCUUACUCCUGAUUGAGCUGAAAGUCAGGAAUUUUCAGCAUUUGAAGAUUAAUAAAUCUUCAAAUGCUGAAAAUUCCUGACUUUCAGCUCAAUCAGGAGUAAGAGAAUAUGCUAUGCCAGUCUUGAACAUGCUAUGCCAGUCUUGUUUAACCGUUAAGCCACAAUGCACUCUAUGACGUCAUUGACGUCAAAGAGUGCAUUGUGGCUUAACGGUUAAACAAGACUGGCAUAGCAUGUGUCCCAGUCCACAUCACCUGGGGACACAGGCUAGACUGACAUGGAUAGAUAGUCUGGUAAUCCAAUAACCCACAGCACUUUCCCUAUAGCCGAGUGAAAUCAUCUGGUGUCAGACUUAAUGGUUUCACCAUCCAUAGACAUUUCGAGACGAGAUUUAAGGAGGGGAUUUUCCAGGGGAUUUUCUUCUUGAUCGCCUUAUGGUUUAACUAAAGGCCCGUUUAUACACUUGCAAGUUUCGCUGCGAUUCCUACUGCGAUUUUCUUCUCCUGAUGGAUGUGAACGAGCAGAUGAGUUAUGAAUGUUCUGAGUAUGUGUACCCUCAUCUCAACAUUCAUAACUUAUCCACUCGUUCACAUCGCUCAGAAGAAGAAAAUCGCAGCAGAAAUUGCAAGUACAAACGGGCCUUAAUACGACUUGGUAAAAUUUUGUAUCUUUCCAGUUUGACUGCUGUGAUAUUGGUAUGAACAAUACUGGAACUAAAUCGUAUGCACACGACUCAUGUUUUGUCAAUGCCACAACCAAACACGAAGUAAAGCAGGUAACUCACGGUCUUUCUCCUAGAUUCGGGGGGGGGGGGGAAGGGGGCUCCCCCGCCACACUAAUUUCCGCAUCCAUGAAAAUUGUAUUUCUUUUUAUACUUUAUUUCUUUCUUGCAAAAUACAACCAACUUAUCAAAAUGUUUAAGAACGAACUUUUCUAAGCCUCAUUACAAUUUAAAUUGUAAUCUUAUCUACCUGAAGAAGUGAAGAUAGCCAGUAAAUCUUUGAAACGUCGUUUGUCGAUGUAAUAAACACAUUUAAAAAGGUCUUACUGCAUGUGGCCUAUGCAUUGACACAAAAUAUAUUAUCAACUAAUCGGUAACAGUUUGAAAUUGUUGUUACAUUGUAUAUACAUAUUGUAUAUACAUCAGUGGGAACAAAUUUGCGUACAGAGCAAACGCUGUUUCAAAACAAGGAGGAUGGAAUUGUAAGAAGUUAUGAAGUGCAUUAUAAAAUCUUGAAUGUUUAAAUGCAACGAUGAUAAAAUUUCCUCUCAGAAAACAAGGAAACGCAAUCUUUUCCUGGGAGAGCAUCAUGCCCCCAGACCCUCUUGGUUGAGCCUCCCAACAACCAAUUGACUAUUUGCGUAAUAGACUAAAUUUUGAUCUAAACAAAAAUUUCAUCACAGCUUGAAAGAGCAUCACAAAAUUAGUAAUAUUCCAAAGUUUCGUUGUAAAAUGCGGAUAAUUUAGCCUUGCGAAGUUUGCAAUUUUCAGUCAUUUUAGAUUACAAACGGGAAAUUGACAGCCCCAAAUUUACUAAUUUUGUGAUGCUCUUUCAAGCUGUGAUGAAAUAUUUGUCUAGACUUGUUUAGAUCAAAAUUUAGUCUAUUACGCAAGUGGUUCACUGCUUCCGACGACACAUUAGUUUAUUAACAUCAAUUUCUAUUUGCUUUUCCAGGACUGUCUUUCCAAGCUGAUCGAGUGGUUUGAAGAUCAUCAAAUAAUACUCGCAUCGGGUGGGGCUGGUGUCAUGUUACUCUUGGUAGGAAAUAUUGUAAACUCAUUAAUAAUUCAUGAAGACAAUUCUAUAAACAUGUAUAGAAGAAUAUUGGCGAGAAAAUUUAGGGAGUGAUCUAAAAUUCUUUCUUCAUACCAGAUCCUUCUCAUGGUCGGCUCAUGUUGGUUAAUCAGAAAACUUCAAACAAGCAGGAGUCUGAAGCGUGCUCGCGUUUCUCCAGUGCAGGUUGGCACCAACAAUAACGUGAUGCCACUCCACAGGGAUCACUCAGGCCAAGUCAAUGAGAUGGUCUCUAUUGAAGAGGUAUGUUUAAGAGAAGAAUGUUUUUGUAUGUUACGGAACACGCGCUCAAAACUAAUGAACUAUAACAUGCCACUUGCGCGGUUCAUUCAAAAUUUAUAGUUUUCGAUACGUUUCUCAAUCGGCAAACAAAACUUUAAAAGUAUGUUCAGUGCUUUAUUUUACAAAUAAUGCUAAAAUGAAGAGAUUUUAGAUGGUACGCCAAAGAGAAGAUGAUGUCCGAAAAUAUCAUUGUUAAAAGUUGAAAAGUUGCAACAUUGUUUCCGACGGAAAAUUUGUGUCUGCCAAUCACAUUUUACAAAAUUUUCUUUCUGCGGAAAAUUUUCCUGAAUGCAUAGACAUGGCCUAAACACCACAUGUUUCUGAGCACGGAAACCUUAAGAACGGACGUUUCUUGUUUCUAGCCAUGCGAAGAGAGUUAUACCCAAGUAGGGCGCAGAGAUGUGGCAAAAACAGCCAAGAAACAACGCUCUCACCAGAGAAGCGCUUGGGCAAAGAAGACGUCCAAUUCCCCACUGGUCGAAUGAGCGGCUUGCUCAGAAAAGAAACAUUAUUAUGUUACAGUGUGUGUUACGUUUUUUAUAAAAGUUACGUGUUCUACUAGCUUAAAGCAGAACUUUUUAAUAUGGUUAUAAAAUAGAAGCGACUGAUGUCAGGUGGUCAGGGGUAGAAAAAAUAGCGGUAGUUUUGGUUUGGCUGAUCCACCGAAAUAUAGCAACGAAUUCUUCUCUUUGUUACAGUAAUACUAACACUGCAGUUAAGUUAAGGCUGGGGUUAAACUAUCAAAAUUUCUGUGAUCACAGUAGGAAUUUUGCAUUGGUAAAUUCUAAGUUUCGAAGGAUUUGUAAGAAAUGUUUGAGGACAUUUGACUAUGCAGAAUUCCUACUGUGAUCACACAAACUAAACAGCAAUGAAUUGUCGACACUUCGCGGGAAACUGGUGCUCCCAGAAAAUAGAAUAUCAGUUUUCCACCCCUGACCGUCGUUAUAGAAAUACAUGUUGUAGAAGCGAGUGUGUAGAUUAUAUAUAAUAUAUAUCUUGAAUUUAAAGUGGGUUAAUACCCUGUAACAUAGAUUGCACGCUGGGAGCUGAGCCUGAUUUCCCGUCGCGUAGAAAAUAAGGGAAAUCAGGUUCUGCUCUCAGAGUGUAUAGACUGUCGUUUGACAUUAUCAAAAUAGUUUGUACGUUGACUAAGUUAUGCUAUACAAAAAUGUAAGCUAUAUAAGCAUGAAUAGAUUUUGCAGAUAAGUUACUGAUUUGUUUUUCAAUAAAAGCAUUGUAUACUGCAGUGUAUAAAAUUAUUUGCAUAUCUUGAUUUUUUUAAUUAAAUAACUAUAAUACUUACUAUAUUCUCUGCAGUUUUUUCCUCACGAUUUUCCAUCUAAAGUUCUUGUAACCUCUUCUAUAUCUUCCUCCAUUUUUACCUUGCUUUGUUUCCACCCAAUAUUUCCUGAUCUGCGUAAGUCUUAGCUCAUCUAAACUCCAGCUCGAUUCCCACAAAGGCUACUUUACUUUUAAACGGUCUGUAGUUCCAAUAAUAACAAGCUUUCGUUGAUAUAGAUGCAACUACCUGAAAAUGCAAAGCGAAAUUCGACAUUUCGAGCGAAGGCCCUUCUUUUACUUCCCAUGGCUCGCUCGAAACGUCGAAUUUCGCUGCCUGUAUCUCUACCAACGCUGCAUCCUCCCAACGAAAGCUUGUUUACAUUGCUCUUAGUUGAAGUGAAAAUUUAUAUUUCACAAGAAUGCUCAUGGGCCCUCCACCCUUUACUUUUUCACUGAUUUAGCUGGUAUCAAUAAAUUGUGAAUUUCUAGUUCUUCAUCAAAAACAACGUUUCCAUUUUUAAAGUCGUCGCCAUGAUUUCUCAUCCAAUGAGUUGAACUGAAGUCUGGAAAGAAGAACGUCGUUUCCUUCUCAGCGUUUUCAACGGAAUCU